AGUCUUUGUUCCCUGAUGGAUCUCCCAAGCCUUAUUAUUUUCGGGCCACAGACGGCAUGGCCUGCAGCCGAAGAACUUUCCCGGCUCCGAACGCUGCUCAACGAACCAUACCUCCGACCCUUGUCAGAGGCAGUCCAGCAACUCCCGGGGUUUUGGAAUACUCUCGUCGAAGCCGAACCUCUCCUUGCCCAGGUUCCAGGUGCGCGUCUUCUCAAACGACUCAAAGACUGGUUAAUCUACGAUGAACCUGUUUCACGGGAUGACACCACGCUCAACACACUGGUUACUCCCAUGACUGUUCUUAUUCAUAGCAUACAAUAUCUGCAUUACACCCACUCUAAGGCUCCCCUUCAUGGUCACCGACGCCUCAUUGAGAGUUUGGCGAGCUCUGGUUCACAAGGUUUCUGUACUGGCUUCUUGACUGCCGCAUCUCUUGCAUGUGCAAAGUCAGAAGCCGACUUUUGCCGUCUUACCACAAUCUCCUUACGCAUCGCGGUAUGCAUUGGUGCGGUCGUGGACUUGGACGGACCGUUUGCCUCGGAACCUGGCAAGACCAGCUGCCUUGCUGUAAGAUGGAAACCAGAAACGGGUGUGCCCAAUCUUGAGGAGAUGAUGGAGCCUUGGCCUAAUGCAUAUGUGUCUGUAAUUUCAGAUUCAGAGGCCGCCACCAUUACAGCGCCAAAGGCAGAUGCUGCGGCGCUUCAUGCGCACCUUUUGGCGACAGGAUUCAGUGUUAAGGAAAUCCCCUUAACGGGCCGCUUCCAUAUUGCCGCACACCAGUCUUCGGCGCAAACCCUCAAAAAGCUGUGUCUGGCUAUAGAAGAGCUUCAACUACCUUCUGCCGAGGACCUUGUUCUGCCAUUGCGAUCAAACAUUGACGGUGAAGUCAUUGUAUCUGGUUCUCUCUCAGAUAUUGCCAUUGACUCCUUGUUAUGCCAUCAAUCUCAGUGGCACUUGACCAUCUCGAAGGCUAUCACCAAACUUGGAAACCAAGGUCAAUCACUUGUACUCACGGCGGGAUUUUCGGAGUGUUUACCACGGUCGACGCAUCGAGCACCUAACCUCAAAAUUCAGCCGCUUGCCAAUGGUAGCGCAUCGGACCAAAUGCCAGCCGUUUCAGAUGAAGCCGUUGCUAUAGUCGGAAUGGCUUGUAGGUUUCCCGGAGCCGAUUCACUUGAAGAAUACUGGAACAUCAUCGAAGCUGGAAAAUCCAUGUCUCGAGAAUUUCCGGAGGACAGAUUCUCUCCGAAAAGCCUCCUCCGGCACACCGGUAUGAAGGGACCGUACUGGGGCAACUUCAUGAACGACCCCGCGGUAUUUGACCAUCGCUUCUUCAAAAAGUCUUCAAGAGAAGCCAUGUCGAUGGAUCCUCAACAGAGACUACUUCUCCAAGUCGCUUAUGAAGCGCUGGAAGAGUCUGGCUACCUGGGAAAAAACAGCAAUACUCGAGACAUCGGGUGCUACAUUGGUGUUGGAUCAGUUGAUUAUGAAGACAAUGUGGGAUCUCAUCAACCCACUGCAUUUUCUGCUCUAGGAACGCUCCGUGCGUUCGUGAGUGGCAAGGUCAGCCACCACUUCGGUUGGACCGGGCCUUCAGUAACUUAUGACACUGCUUGUUCCUCAUCUGCCGUCGCGAUACACUCCGCCUGUAGAGCAAUUGCGACGGGCGAAUGUUCCAUGGCAUUGGCAGGAGGUGUCAAUGUCAUCACGAGCCCUAAUCUGUACCAAAACCUAGGUGCUGCAUCAUUCCUUAGUCCAACAGGUGCCUCGAGAGCUUUUGAUGCUCAAGCAGAUGGCUACUGUCGUGGUGAGGGUGUGGGUGCCGUGGUAUUGAAGAAGUUGCCUUCUGCAAUCGCUGAGGGAGACAACAUCCUGGCAGUCAUCUCGGGUUCCGCGGUAGGACAAAACGAAAACUGUACGCCCAUUACAGUGCCACACGCUUCAUCGCAAGCCGAGUUGUACAAGAAAGCCUUGGAUCGUGCGGGUAUCCGACCAGAGCAAGUUACAUACGUCGAAGCUCAUGGAACCGGAACGCCUGUUGGUGAUCCGAUUGAAUGCUCGAGCAUCCGUCAGCUGUUCGGAGGGCCACAGCGAUCGCAUAUGCUGCACUUGGGCUCGGUGAAAGGGAACAUUGGCCACACUGAGGCUGCAUCGGGUAUCGCUGCACUUAUCAAGGUGGUGCUAAUGAUCCAGCGUGGUGUCAUUCCAAGACAAGCAAAUUUCAAGACCUUAAAUCCGAGGAUUCCGCCACUGCACCCUGACCGCAUGGCCGUACCAGCCACCAGCCAGGAGUGGAACGCAAGCUACAAAGUAGCAUGUGUCAACAACUACGGAGCAGCGGGGAGCAACGCAUCUUUGGUUGUGUCUCAGCUGAAUGCCAACCAGAUUGAGAGAAAAGCGAAUGUUCCAUUGGAUUCUUAUCCUAUCAUCCUGACCGCACACACUACUUCCAGCUUUCAAAGUCGGUGUAGGAGUAUCAAGAACUUUAUACUCCGCAUGAAAUAUAACGUUCCUGCGACGCGACUCCUAGCUUCGACCUCCCACACUUUGGCUGCCAAGCAGAACCGCGACCUGAAAUUUACCUUCGCCACGAAAGCGGAUGAUUUAGAUGACCUUGUUCAAAAGCUCGAGCUGUGUGCGAAUGGUGCUACAUCGCCUCUUUCAACACCACAAAGGAAACCCGUUGUGCUCGCCUUCGGAGGUCAGACGGGGAAGGCCGCUACGCUCUCCAAACAAGUGUACGACUCCUCCGCAAUCCUAAAGAAACACCUCGACCAAUGCGAUGUGGUCUUCCAGUCUAUGACGGGGAAAAGCCUUUACCCUGAUAUAUUCCAAGCCUCAACGGAGCAAAUCGUCAGCCAGCAUGGCAUGCUUUUCUCCUUGCAGUAUUCAUGCGCAAAGGCGUGGAUCGAAUGCGGCCUACAGGUGGAUGCUGUAGUUGGUCACAGCUUCGGCCAGCUGACAGCCCUGUGCAUCUCCGGCGUGCUUUCCUUGGAAGAUGGAUUGAAAUUCGUCCUUGGCCGAGCCCGUUGCAUAGAAGAGCUAUGGGGCAAUGAAAAGGGUGCUAUGCUGUCUGUGGAAGCUGACGCCGAUACUGUUUCGAAGCUGAUAUCUCUCUCUAAUACACUGGGACACGAAAAUAAGGUCGAGGUCGCCUGCUACAAUGCAACAUCGAGCCAUGUUCUCGUUGGCAGCGAGGCGUCGAUACAGUCGCUCGAGGACGCUAUCAUCAACCGACGGUCUUCUUUGGGAAUGAUCAAGACAAAGAGGCUGGACGUUCCGCGCGGUUACCAUUCACAAUUCCUGGACAGUCUUUUACCGGAAUUGGAAGCCUUGGCUGCGCAGUUAACUUUCAAUUCUCCAGCCAUUCCAUUGGAAACAUGCUCCGAGGGGCAAUCAUGGCCUACGGUUACGCCUCGCCUCCUGGCGGAGCAGUCACGGAGACCAGUCUUCUUCUCGGAUGCCGUGGGUAGAAUUCAGGAGCGGUUAGGUGCCUGUUACUGGCUUGAAGCGGGGUCUGGAUCGCCAAUUAUUGCCAUGACCCGUCGUGCAUUGGGCCAAUCUUCGACAACCCAUACUUUCCAGAGUCUUGAUCUGGCGGGAUCAAAGGCUACAGCAGCUCUUGUUGACAGCACAGUCGGUCUUUGGAAUACGGGCAACAAUGUGCAUUUCUGGCCAUACCAUGGAAACACGGCCCUGGAUUUGCCUUCGUAUCAGCUCCCUCCGUACCAAUUUGAAAAGUCCCGUCACUGGCUGGAAUACAAGGAAAGCUUCGAUGAAGGCACCAAACUAACCAAACCAGCCGUCAAAGAGGAACCCAGACUGCUGAAAUUGGUCCAAAUCGAGAGCACUGGACGAAAAACUGCUACUUUCUCUGUCGACCCUCAAAGCAAGGAAUUUGUUCUCUACGUCUCAGGCCAUGCUGUCCUCGGCAAAAACCUCUGUCCUGCAUCAUUGUACAUUGAAUUGGCAGCCCGAGCAGCGGAGCUGUUGGUUAAGAAGACCGAUGAUGACAGUAACAUACCAUCAGUUCAGGACCUUGAAAUUCUGUCCCCUCUGGGAAUUGAUGCAAGCCGAGUCAUUAAUCUCUGCCUCAGUCCGGAUGAGCGCAAUCCCAGAAAGUGGACAUUUGUUCUCCAAAGUCAUCCAUCGGCUGCGUCAUCGCAAGUGUCGAAGCAUGCUUCUGGUAGAAUUGAACUGCGGACUCCUUCCAACACUAGGCUAAGCGCCGAGUUCGCUCGCUACGCUCGAUUGAUCGGGCCUGAUCGAUGUCAAGCGCUGCUGUCAAGUCCCAAAGCACAAGCGAUGCAGGGCUCGGUCAUCUACAAGCUUUUUGGAGAAAUUGUCAACUACAGUGACUACUACCGCGGAGUCCAAUCCAUAUCAUCCCAAAUGGAUGAGGUAGCCGGCACUGUCUCUAUAGCGAGCGAACAGCCAGGACUCCCCCGAACGGUUUCUGACCCCAUCGCUGUCGACAAUUUCAUUCAGGUGGCUGGUAUUCACGCCAACAUCAUGCAAAACAACAUUGACGGGGAAGUUCUGGUUUGCACAAAGAUCGAACAGAUCCAACCUGGGCCUGCGUUCCGACACAAAGAAGCAGUUACGGGUUCCUGGACUGUAUACGCGAGCUUUGCCGAGACGACGGGGAAGACAAUGGUCAAUGACAUCUUUGUCUUUGACAACACCAGCAAGACAAUGGUUAUGACAAUCACUGGCGUCCACUUCACCAGAGUGCUUACCAGUUCAUUGUCAAAAGUCCUUUCGAAGGUGAAUGCAUCUUCAGAAAGAGAACCUAGCAUUGGUCUCGAGAAACCGGCCACGGUUCGCAGCACUAAUCGCAAAACAUACAAGAAGGAAGACGCCCCAGCAUUCAUCAAAGAACCAAAGCGUACCGUCGCACCAGCGAUGCCGGGACGAUCUGUGGAGUCGGAAGUCAGCGCGAUGUUGAGCGAAAUGGCGGACCUGGACCCCAAGGAUAUCACCAUGCGAGCUACCCUCGACGACCUCGGGAUCGAUUCCUUAAUGGUUACCGAACUCUUGGCUGAGCUAAAGAAACACUUUAGUGUUGAUUUGACCUCGGGAGAGCUCCAAAGCAUGAGGGACAUUGGAUCAAUUUGUGAAUACCUGCAGUCCAAGUCAGGACUUGACUCUCCAGACCUAUCUCUUAGCGACUCUGAAAGUUCUACGGAUAUCUCCAGCGUAUCUGAACUCGAGGUUCCGAGGACUGCAAAACUAAGGGCCAAUUCAUAUCCCUCAAGCACUGCCCUGCACGCAAAGCUUUCAAAGCUUGUUGCGGACCACUUGGAAAUGGACGAUAUAACCGGAGACACAAAGCUGUGUGAUGCUGGGCUUGAUUCCUUACUUAGUAUGGAAGUCAGCAGCGAUAUCGAAAAAGCUUUUGGGGUUAAGGUUGAUCCGACAAGCUUCACUCCCGACUUGACCAUGGAGUCGCUUGCCAAGAUAGUCAUACCGCAAGGGGAAGGGCGCCAAGAGUGGGACGAGCUUUCUACGCCGGGGACUUCUCCUUUGACAAUGACACCGCAGGAAAUGAGUGAUGUACCAAUCGCUGACACUAAUAUUAGCGACAGCAAACUGCCAAGCAGUCCUCACCUCUCUUUCUCUAGUCUGGCUGCCGAAUGCUUCAAUGAUGUCCGGGACACGUACGAUCAAUUUGCGGCAGAAACGCAAUUCCUUGGCUUCCGCAAGGAUGUAUACCCACGUCAAGCAGAGCUGGUGGCAGCGUACGUCAUUGAAGCUUUUGAAAGACUUGGUUGUUCGCUCGCAUACGCCAAAUUCGGGGAGUUAUUGCCGUCUCCUUCGUACAACCCCAAGCACAGCAAGGUCGUGCAACAAUACUGGCGCCUUCUGGAAGAGUCUUCUUUUGUCAAAAGACAAGAAUCUGGAAUAGUCAGAACGUCCAAAGCCGUCCCGUCGGAAAGAGCAGCAAUCCUACACGAAAGAAUUCUGCGCGACUUCCCUCAACACCUGUCGGAGCACAAGCUUCUCAAUGUUACCGGCUCGAAGCUCGCAGAUUGCCUCCGCGGUACCGUUGAUCCAAUCCAUCUCAUCUUUGGAAACAAAGACAGCAAAGUUCUACUGGAGGAUGUGUAUACAAAUGCUCCAAUGUUCUCCGCCGGAACCAAAUUGCUGGCAAACUUCCUUGGAAGGCUCUUGACGAGCUGUUCUGGCUCAGAGUGCCGUAUUCUCGAGCUCGGAGCCGGCACCGGCGGGACUACAAAGCACAUUGUCGAACAAUUGUCUCGUAAGGGAGUGCCUUUCACGUACACCUUCUCCGACCUCUCGCCAUCCCUCGUUGCCGCAGCAAAGAGGAAGUUUUCGGGCAACAGCUCCAUGAAAUACAUGGUCCUGGAUGUUGAGAAAGCUCCCCCGACAGAUGUUUUGGGCCAGUACGACAUCGUCAUCUCCACCAACUGCAUCCAUGCCACGAGAGAUUUGGUCAAUUCCACUACUCACAUCCGGGAGCUUCUGAAGCCAGAUGGAAUACUUUGCCUUGUUGAGCUUACUCGAAACCUGUACUGGUUCGACCUCGUCUUCGGCCUACUUGAAGGGUGGUGGCUGUUUUCGGAUGGCCGGAAGCACGUUCUCGCAGAGGAAAGCUUGUGGCAGAAGGACCUGACAAGUGCAGGGUUCGCACAUGUCGAUUGGAGCGUUGGAGAUUCUGAGGAGUCUGACCAACUGCGUGUCAUCAUGGGUUGCGCUUCGAAGCCCUCCAACCUUGAGGAUUUACCCGAACCAACACAGCCAGGACAGACUACGGCUUACCCACUGACGGAAACAAUUGUAUUCAAGCAAGCAGAGGGCAUCUCGCUCGAGGCGGAUGUGUAUUAUCCGGAGAGUAUUGACUUGGUCGGAAGGAAAAGACCCAUUGCUUUGAUGAUCCACGGAGGUGGGCACAUUAUGCUUUCCAGGAAAGAUCUCAGGCCAAAGCAAAUCCAGUUGAUGAUCGAAAAGGGUUUCCUUCCGGUGAGCGUCGACUACCGGCUCUGUCCAGAGGUGACCCUGCAAGACGGCCCCAUUGUGGACGUUCGGGAUGCACUGGCUUGGGCAAGACACACUCUUCCGACCCGGAAGUUGCAGCGUCCAGACGUCACGCCGAACGGUGAUUCCGUUGUGGCUGUGGGCUGGUCAACCGGAGGCACGCUAGCCAUGUCCCUUGCCUGGACUACUCUAGAGCGAGGGAUCAAGCCACCAGAGGCUGUACUCGCCUUCUACUGUCCCACCGACUACGAAUCGGACUUUUGGAAACAACCCAACAUUCCCAAAGGCUCGGAGGAGGCAGCCCAGAUGGAGUAUGACCCUUUUGAAGGGCUCCAAGACCAGCCACUCACAGCCUACAACGUGCCUCGUAACAAAAGGGCCAAAGAUGGCUGGCUUUGUACCUCUGAUCCCAGGUCGAGGAUCGCCUUGCACAUGAACUGGAAGGGCCAGACACUACCGAUCCUCAUCAACGGCUUGAACAAGUCCGACGAGGAUCGCAACACGGCUGAGAUGCCAACUCCUGAUCAGAUAAAGCGUAUAAGUCCUCUUGCCCAGAUCCGCAAAGGGACUUAUCGCACCCCGACCUAUCUCAUUCAUCCAACCAAUGACGAUCUGAUCCCUUGGCAACAAUCUCAACAAGCGUACGAAGCACUGCGAUCCAGCGGUGUUGACGCUGAGAUCUCUCUCGUUGAAGGAAGAAACCAUCUAUUCGAUCUUUCCCGGAGCCUGGAUGAGGCGGCGUGGGAUGUUGUCAAUUCUGGCUACGAAUUCUUGCGUUGCAAAGUGCUUGCCGGUGGCGUUUAAUAGGCGUCUCCGUUAUCACACUAUCCAUUCUUUUUGUUCAUGUUGCAAUAGGAGGAUGUCACGUCUAGAUGGUACAUCUCGCACAUUAUCAAUUUCGCAGUUGGUAGAAAGGUUAAACAAUCUUUAGCUCACUCCUUGGUCUAAAGAAUAAUAAAUCACAUUUAGUGGGUUUUUGGUGUUUAGAAAUAUUAACUUAGGUUGGGUUUAAUAUCUAGUAGACGU